GUGAACGUCAUGGCGGCUCAUGCUAGCGAGCUGGAGAUUGCAAAGAAAAACUUAACAGAUGCAAUUGGAGAUAAUGUCAAACAUUAUUGGGCAAACCUUAAGUUAUGGUUCAAACAGAAGAUCAGCAAGGAGGAGUUUGACGUUGAGGCACGACGUCUGUUGGCACAAGAGAAUGUGCAUGUCCACAAUGAUUUCCUCCUGGCAAUUCUCACACGCUGCCAGAUCAUUGUCUCCACACCAGAGGGCGCAGGACCAUUACAAUGGCAAGGUGGCUCUGCUACAAAAGCUGGAAAACCAAAAGGGAAGAAGAAAUGUUCCUCUAGACAGAAAUUUGAUCAUCGUUUCCAGCCUCAGAACCCUCUGAGUGCCGCCCAGCCAUUCAGCCCACGGGAGAUGGGAGGUGAGGAGGAGGAGCUGCGUCUCAGCGCUCACACUCUUCUGCUGCCCACGCGGGGCCAGCUGGAGGCCCGCAUGAUGGUGACGGCCUUUGAGCUGGGCCUGGAUAACAUCACAGACGACGCUGUUGGUACCAUGAUCAAUGCUGUUGAGCACCACUUGAAAGACGUCCUGACCGCAGUGAUUUCCAGGAGGAAGGCGUAUCGGUUACGAGAUGGUCAUUUCCCCUACGCCUUUGGCAGUGACGUCACACCACAGCCUUAUCUGAAAAACAGCCUUGCUGCUUAUCACAGUGUGACUGAAUGUCCCCCUCCAAGCGCUUCUCUACCUGCUGGUCCACCACCUCAGGUGUCACCCGAUGAAGCCGAGCAACAAGCUGUUCAUUUAUUGGCUUGUUCUGCUGACAGUCUUUGUGCGCCCCUCCCACCAAUCAGCAUUUUUGAUCUACUGGAGGCUUUACAGGUUCAACACGGUGUGAUGCCCUCUCACACGAUGUACGCCCUGAACAUGGAGCGCAUCCUGACACGACUUUGGCACCCCAGCCACGAGGAGCUGGAGCAGGACCAUGUACACCGACAGCGGCUCGCUGUGAAGGAGGGAGUGCUCGUCAGCUGAGAACCACCGACACAGGACUGUAUAUGGAAAUCAUCAGGAACCAAACACAAACAUAAUCCUCAAAUGGAAAUGGAUGGGGGGACAGCGUGUCCAAAUAACUGAAAACCUUGUAAUAUGUGUAAAAUCACACCCUUGUUGCACAGAGAGAUAAACGAUAAGUGGAGCAAGAUGAAACAAAACAGUUGGACGGUGGACAUAGAGUGGACAGUCAGCUCCAGCUACAAGCCAGUAACUGGCAAAUUAUCAUUGUAGCUGCUUUAUUUUUUCUCGUUCCAGCAGUCUUUUUGGCAGUCCACCAAGCAUCACUUGGAACUUAAUAUUGAGAAUCUAAUUUGGUGGUUAAGUAUUUAAAGUAUUUAAUUUUAGGAAAUAAAAACAGCAGCUAUGAAUAAUGGACAGAAAAGUUAGGCUCCUGUCCAGGUCGCACAGUGUUGAGGUGUGUGUGGGUAAAAUGGAAUAUGUGCUGUUUAAAAAGCCUUAUUUAAUAGAUGGAAACAUGGCUGAAUUCAGUGUGUUCAUGUUGUCAGAUAUGCCCAUAAAUCACUUAAUGUGGUGAUUCAAAAGGAAACAGAAAGUAUCAAAUCACGUAGCACUGUUUAAGUGAGUAGUCAUUUAAAAACUAAAGUAAAAGAGAAGAAAAAAAAGACUUAAAAUAUUAAAGCAGGCUCUGCUCAUUACACACAGGUGUUUUCAUUUAGUCUGGCUGAUAAGACAUCAGAAUGACGAACAAGGCAUAAAUUGUCCCGUCUUCACAGGUGUGACAAAGAUGUCAAUCAAACACAGUCUGUACUAGCUCACCCUGUCCCGAGAGGCCCAAUCAAGCAAUAAGUGAGAGCACCCAUUGCUGUGUGUGCGUGUGUCGGGUUUUGAAAACUAGCAGACACACAGCUGCAUCCUGUAUCUUUCCCUUGUUGAACAUUUGUUGAAAAUAUUUGCUAGUUAAAGGUUUAAGGACUCAGUGUUGGUGGUCCACACAGUGCAUGUGUACAGAUAACUUUUUACAUGUCUUGGUGCACUUAAAGUAUUUCUUUCCCAUAUUUGUGAGCAACAUCUGGUUCAGGUUCAAAUGUGUAUAAAUUUGUAUCUUUUUUUCUACACUGUUUUGUGUUUGUAUUACAGAAGGUAGCUCAGAAAAUAAAUAAAAAUGCAUUUUUUUGUAUA